AUGUGCCCGGAAGUGUGCUCGAAAUGCCCGGGGAAGGGCACUAUUCAGGCGCAGGGCCCCACCGGCUUCGCGCCUCAGCCCAACCGGAAUAAGAAGGAAGCCGAGCAGCAGCCCACUUUCUUGCCUCAGCAGCCACCCCAGCAACAACAACAGCAGAUUGCUCAGCUACAGACGCCCCCUAGGCCUCAGACACAGCAGAACUUCCUGCCACAGCAGUUUGCGGCACCUAAUGCUCAGCAACAGCAGCAACAGCAACAAUAUCAAGCAGUCGUGGUCACCGCCCCGCCACCCCCACCUGAUGUCACCCCAUCCCGUGAACAAGCCGUCACCCUGGCCCCCCUAGUCCGUAUGCCAUCCGCAGAAGAACUCAACGUGCAGCUCUCCGAGCAACAACGGUUGAUGACCAACGGCCUCUACAGCCAGGUCCCCCAGGCCCAACAAGCCCCCGACCCCCUUGGCCCCGUCGGCGUCCAAUCCCAGCUGGGUCUCCAACAACAACCUGGCGUCACCCCGGCCCCAACGAGUGCCAUGUUCAACCCCUUCCAACCCUUCCUCCAGCAGCUCGGCCUCCCCGUCCCCGACCAGUCCAACCCCUUCAACCUGCCCACCUUCCCGCCCCAUCCGUUCUUCACCACCCCGGCCCCGGUGCCGGCGGGACAGCCGCAACAGGGACAGCAACCCUACUUCGGGCAACAACAGCAAUCCCCCUACGGCCUCCAGCCCCAGCAGCAGUACCCCGGAUUCGGGCAGCAGGUGCAAGCGCAGGUAGCGACGAACACCAUCCAACAAGUUCAACAAGGCCAACAACCCCAGCAGCCUCAGCAGCAAAAUUACGCCUCGAAUCAGCCACAGACCGUUGUGGCCCGCUCGAUCGACUCAGCUCCUCAGACUUUUGAAAAACCCUUCUACGCCGGAGCCGGAGCAGCCCAGUCCAAGGGAGCCGAGAUGGGACAGUGCCCCCGACAGCCCGGCUGGCAGCCGUGCAUCACGAAAGAGGUGGCCAAUCAGCGAUUCUCCAACUGCUGCGCGCGGCUUGGAGAAGGGUGCCAAUCGAUGUGCAACUACGACGCGAACCUCGCCACGAUGCAACUCGCCGUCCUGACCGGUCGCUGCCCCCUCCAAAAAGUUCGCGACAUCAUGAUCUGCGCCUCCGGCUACAAGGACGUCACCCAGUGCUGCCAGGCGUACAACGUCUUUGAGCCUGGCUUCGAGCACUGCCGACCAUAUUGCAACCCGGCCGGUGGCCUUCCGGAAGGCGGGCUCCUCUCCGAGAAGUACAAGUGUCUCGCCAAGUUGUCCUUCAUCCAGCAAUGCUUCUACGUCUCCCAGAACCCG